UGUUGUAGUGACACCAAGUGCACUGAGCUCUCUCAGUCAGUGUCUACAGCAUAUGUCCCUAGACAUGAUUUCCCGACUGAGGAGACUUUUUGGAAGAGCAGAGAUGGAGGUGACAGAAACUAGAGAGAGGCAGAAAGUAGCUGGACUUUCAUCUGAGAGUAAUGAAGGACGAAGAAGGUGGUCUUGGGGAAUGUGGAUGGCUGGCAGAUGGACAUCACACCAUGCAACUGUCCUAAGCAGGAAAGAGGCCAAGAAGGAGGAAAAGAGACUGACCAAAGAGCUGGGGCUCAGUACCCAGGAGAGAAACGAGCUGAGAGACCGCUUGAUCUAUGUCACAGAGGGAUCCAUGAACAAGAGACCCUAUUACAGGCAAAAUCCACUGUAUGAAAAACUGAAGUUAAAGGAGAAGACGGUCAUGUCAUUUCUGAACAAAUUAGAGAUGGAGAACACUGAGUUCUGUGAGAACGUCCAGGAGCACAAGAAGGAGAUUAACUUCUAUAGAAACCUGCAAAGUCGGCUCCUGUUGCAGUCCUCUGUCGUAAAGAAGUCAUUGGUCAAAGUGAGGCAGGAUUGCAAGGAAGUACAGGCUGAUUCGUACCUUCUCCAACAGUACUUGACUGAGUUGAACCUGAAUGUUGAAGAUGAACAGCAGAAGACCAACAACCUCCCAAAUCAACAACAGCAGGAUAAGGUACGGAUAAGCACCUUAUUCAGACUAAUACUGUCUGAUAUCAUUUGCGCAUUGAAUCCAUCUUUGCAUUGA